CGCAUGCGCAGUUCGGGCAGGAAGUUCCCGCAGCCUUACGACCAGCUGAUACAUCAACAACCGAAACCCUGUAGCUCCGAUAGUGGCCUACGUUUCAGCCCGGGAGCGCGAGGCCAGCGGGACAGGGUUCAAGGCUAUCAAUACACUUCUGUAGUGGCCAGAAAGGAGGUACAGAUACUCUAUUCAGUGUUUGGGUCACUGCAGUCAGAGACACCACUUCAGAGGACCCCGACCCCAACCCCAAACCCUCCCCUCACCACCCUUCCUCCACUAUGAGCACCCGUGCGAGUGGGAGGGCUAAUGGAAGCCUCCCCCAGACCAAAAUCUGCCAGUUCAAGCUGGUGCUGCUGGGUGAUAUGGCUGUGGGCAAAUCAAGCCUGGUCUUGCGCUUCGUCAAGGGACAAUUUGAUGAGUUUCAGGAGACCACCAUUGGAGCGGCCUUCCUUGCUCAGUCGGUUUGCCUGGAUGACACCACCGUGAAGUUUGAAAUUUGGGACACGGCCGGUCAGGAGCGCUACCACAGUCUCGCCCCAAUGUACUACCGUGGGGCGCAGGCGGCCAUUGUCGUGUUUGACAUUACGAAGCCGGAGACGUUUGAGCGAGCAAAGGCCUGGGUGAAGGAGCUGCAGAGGCAGGCGAGUCCUAACAUCGUCAUCGCUCUGGCGGGAAAUAAGGCCGACCUCGCUGACAAGAGACUGGUGGAGUACGAGGAGGCUCAAACUUAUGCUGAAGACACGGGCCUGUUGUUCAUGGAGACCUCUGCCAAGACCGCCAUGAAUGUCAAUGAGUUAUUCCUGGCCAUUGCAAAGAAGAUGCCAAAAACAGACACCCAGAACGCGACGCAUGCCGCCCGGUACCGGGGGGUCAACCUGCAGGACCCAGAUGCCCAGUCCACCCGAAGCUGCUGUGGGAACUAAAUGCCCACCUAUAACCCCUAUCAUCUACAUCAACAACAAGGGAGACCACCAACGCCCUGUCCUUCCCAAACCCACCCAACCCCACCACCUUUCACCCUUUCACCUCCACAACUGGCAUGGAGAGAAAAGAGAGAGAGAGAGAGAGAGAGAGAGAGAGAGAGAGAAAGAAAGAGCAGAGAAGGUAGGGAAAAAAGGGACAGCUUGUGGAUCCCUCACUGAUGCCAAGAAGAGAUGUCUGAUGCAAAAUGAAGGAUCGUUCAUCGGUCAGAACGUUUGUACUCUGUGUGGUGUCUAGCACUUAAUUGUAAAGGAUGUCCCUGUGUUUGUGUGUGUGUGUGUGUGUGUGUGUGUGUUUGUUUGUUUUUUUUGUUUUGUUUUUUUCGAAUCUUUGUCAAUUUUCAUAUUUGAUUAUGAUUAUGCAAGCAGUGUAGUGUUAGCAUUGGGGUCGCAGAGCAAUGCGGUGAACAAAAAGAGUGAAAAGACUUAAGAAAAACGCUGAGAGGAAUGAAGGAAAAGGAGGCAAACUAUUUCUAUCCCACCCAAUCUUUCCUGUCCUUUUGGUCCAAGGAGGUCCCUCAGUCCAGAGAAUGUUCACAAAGCCUGGGAGCUUGGAAUCCUUGAAGAUGGAUGCAAUUUGACCUGCUGUGGCAACUGUAUCGUGAGUAACCACCCUUAAACUUGGCCCUGGAGCUUAAGCACUGAAGAAGAAACCAGCUCCCUAAGCCUUCGCCUGUUGAAAGCACCUGAAAAAGCCUUGAUCAAUGGAGCCUGAUCAGUGGAACCCACUGACCUGUUUGACCACCCCUCGAUCCCACUUUGGGCACAGUUCUUCAGCAUGUAGGUCAUAAAGGCUCAUUAAAUUAAAGCAUAUCCCUUAGCAUCUGUCGGUAAAGUCUUGACAAACAAGAAGAAACGUCUUCCUGACCCAUUCUGUCUUUUGGAACAAUCUCCCGAUCUCCAUCCAGCUGUGCCCAGUAUACCAGUGCUAUCCACACCUGCUGUUGGGAACACUUUUCUGCGAUGGUCCCUCUUCAUUGUAGUCGGCUCAUCGCCACUAUAAACAAUCUACCAUCCCCAUCCGUAACAUAGUUAGUUAGCUAAUAACAUUUUAUGAGAAGCUUGGUAACCGUUUUACUUGCAGUGUGAAGUGAGUCGUUCUCCUUGGCAUCUCUAAACACAGGGAUCUGUUCUCAUGCGUCUAAAAGCAACAACAACAAAAAAGGAAAGCUUCCACAAUCAUUCGCUUUUUUAUGCAGAUCUGAUUUCUGGCAGGGAAGGUUUCACCUACUUUAAACGUUACAAAGUCCCAGAAUGGUUUGAAAAAAAAAGAAAAAAAAGUGCCUACUCUCCGUUUUUUCCGUAUUUUUGUUUUCUGGCUUGCUCGGGACAUGAGUUCCAAGUCGGAGGAUCCUGUUGCUUUGGCAUUCCCAGUGAUAUUUAUUACUAUACUACUACAUUUUGACACAAAAUACACACUAGUAGUGCCAGAUGUUCUGCAUUGAAUCCAAUUAAACUGGACUAAAGAUGCUAUCCUUGUAAUGAAACCGAAGUUGGUCAGUUUAAUACUGACAAAAAAAGGCAUUACAAUGAUUUGAUCACAAGAAGGUAUCAUUACAUUGCCCACCUCUGCUAACCUAAUCUGUGAUUUUUCACGUUUUAGAUCCAUUGAUAGCUGGAAUAGAGAAAAAAUAGAAAAAAAUAUUCACUGGAAAUACUGUAGUCGUUUCCAACCAGAUCUCUAUCUGCUGCAUCUGUAGCAUAUGGGUGAUUACCAAGAGCAACAACUUGACACCUUGUGCUGAACAGAUAAACGAGCAUCUGCCCAUUGUCUUCUGUUACAAAUAUGUCUAUAUGUCCACUGGUUGUGCAGGGAAGCCUCAAGAAAUCAGCUCCACACUGUAGAUGAAGCAGAUGCAGAUUAGGUUUGGGGGAAAAAAAAAAAACGCUAAAGUGUUCUUUUAAAGACUUGACUAGGAUCCUAAAGUGUAGUGUUUUUCCAGACCCUGUCCUGAAGCGUAUUAAAAACCCACAUCACAUCCUCAUAUGUGUGUGUGGAAGAGAGAAGACCUUUAUAAUGUCUUGUUUUAAGGAUGCUGUUUGUUGUCAAUAAUUUUACGUGUAAAAAAAACAAAAAGCAAAUAUAAAAAGUUUUAUUUAAAAUUGGUUUUAGUUGGUAAAUUUAUGGGUUGCCAUAAUAAUCUUUUAUGGUCACUUAGGGAAUGAUAAAGAUGAUGAUGAGGCAUUGCAUAAACUGAAGUCAUUUGUCAUGUCUCUUACAAUCCAGUUUAUUUUGUGGGAUAUAUUUGAUCUCCUGUUAACACUUCUGUGAACUGAAAACGUCAAAUAAAAGCUGUGCUAUUCUGCUAUGAAUGGAA